AUGGCGUUAACUUAUAAAGAAAGAUUGGAAUUCCUGGAGAGCUUGAGGAAGGCGCCUAUUGAUCUGUCUGUUGCAGACAGAAUGGUACUCUACGCACAUGAUAGAACAUUGAUGAGACCUACCAUUCAGAGUCUUGUACGGGAACUUACGAAUCUUGAUGCCUACAUCAGUGUGAUGCAUGGGAUACUGACGCAGGAUGAAUGGGACGAGGUGGUUUCCGACUACGACACACCUAUAGAGGGAGGCCAUGCAAAGCUCAGAGAGAAGAUCAAGCUGUUUCUAUUUGCAUAUGAGAAUCUAGACAAUGCUAUAUACGACUUCAAGAUCGACGAGGUGUUCAAGGCCUUUGAGACUUCGAUGCUCUCAAGGACACGGAACAUCCAGUUCCUCCUCUUCAAGCUAUGCCAUCGAAAUCCACAAGCAGUCUUUGGGUUUCUGCUCGAACUAGUCCGCAAAAAUCCAAUUGCGUUUCUUCCCUAUCUAUCAUCUUUAAUUGUGAGGUGCAAAGUGGACGAGGGUCUUAAGGCAAUGUAUGUCCAAGACUAUCAGGCCUAUGUCCGAUCGUAUGGAAAGUCUCUUUCGAUCCAAUCGGUUGCAGCUCAUCAAUGUCUUUUGUAUAUCUCUUGCUUCAGAAGAGAGUCUGUAGCAGAUGCAAAGGACAUCAUAGAACGGAUCUUCAGUUCUGGAAUGGCGAGAUAUAUGAACAAGAAUGUGGUUGAGAUGUUUUGUGAGCUGUUUGAUUACGAAUGCAAAGAGUUUUCCAGCCACGACCACGACUGCCUAUACUUUUUUCCCUUUGACCUGCCGAUAUUAGAGGAGGUUGCCGGGAGUAUCCAUGAGUUCUAUAUACAUUUCCGGAGAUAG